AUUAACGCAGUUUAUCUUUUAAUAAUAUUCCUGUAAUAUUCUAAUUGUUUUGUUAUCAAAUGAUAAAAUGUAUUAGUAAAAUAUACACAAAAAUUUGAUUGUUUAAUUUAAGGAGAUUUUUAAGUCAACUUGAGAAGAGAGAAAAUAUAUUUAGAAAAAAAGAGAGAUUUUGAAAAACCAGUUGACUACCGUUUAACCCGAAAGAUGCCUAUUUAUUCAAAGAGUGCCAGAUGCUUUCCAAAUGAAUGCUACAUUUGCAAAUCGAGAGAAAAUUUAAUAAGAUGCGAAUGCAACACGAUUUCCUACUGUUCUGAGGAUCAUCGACAACAACACUUCUCAACACACGAAAAUUUUUGCAAAGUAGUAAAAGAAUUAUUAAAAGAAAAAGGAAUAGCUCACAUUCACGAAGAGCUGAUUUUUUUAUUCGAUCCCGAGUGGACGAAAAAAAGAGACCAUAUCCGCAAAGAAAUAAAAAAGAAACUAGGAAGAAUUUUAAGUCCACUGGAAAAAUUUAUGCUCGAUUGUCCAAGAAUUUGUUUCGAUUGUCACGAAACGAAACAAGAGAAUUUAAUUGAUUGUCCACAUUGUCCAAUAGCGAGUUUUUGUAAAGAGCACGAAAAUGAUGAAAGUCAUGAAGAAUAUUGUAAAGUAAUGAGCACAUAUUUAGAUAUACUGACAAAGGCCGAAGAAUUAAAUGUUGAUUUAGGAUUUCUAUCGUCUGAUUUUCCAUUUACUGGAGAGAAAAAUCAGUACGCAGGUAAUGAUUAUCUUUCAAUGGCAUACAGAACAGUUGAUACGGAGAUAGAAAGAAUGAUGUCGAACUUAUCUAAAAUUAAUCUCAUUGAUUUUAUCAACGUAGCUUCGAAAAUUAAUAACGCUUUACAAAAAAUACACGAUACGAUUCCAGAGGAGUUGACAAUUCACAUCGAUGCAAUUACAAAAAACAAUUAUUGGGAAUUUCUCCUGCAUCUCAAUCCGCAGAUAAAAAAGUUGAAAAUUGUCACCACUUCGUCAGAAAAUCAGUCAAAUUUAAAGAUGUCUCUUUGUGAAAAUUGUCAUUCAAAGAAAAGAGAAUUGGCUGUUACAUGUUUAAAAAAAUCUUACGAAGAUUAUAUGCUGGAUGGAAAUUAUCAAGAACCAGAUAUUCUUUUUUAUAUUCAAAUCAGUGAUGAAUGUAAUUCCGAAAGAUUAAACAAGUGGAGUGAAUUUAAUUUUUCCGUCGUUUUACGAUUUGAAUUAGAUUCGAAUUUUUGUAAAAUACUACAAUUCCUCUCGCUUUCAACAACGAAGUUUCGAUUUAUUUACGCAGGACAAUUAACGACACAAUUCGCUACAUUAUCGUCACUUGAAAACAAAGACUAUUUUAUAAUUUUGCUAUCGAAGGAAAGCAAAGUUCUUUCUAAAUCUUGUGUUGCAGUAACAGGCGAAAUCUGCGAGGAGAAAAAUGGGGCAAACACAAUUGUCAUUCCUUUAGAAAUAAACAAAAGUUACACCCAAGUUUCUAAAUGUAGUGAAAAUAAUGCAGAUCUUACGAAAAUUAUUGAAUUAGAAUCAGAAGUCAAUUGCAAUAAGGAUAAAUCGGAUGUUGAACCAAACGAACAUCAAUCGUCUAACGUUUCUUUGGACGAGUCAAACGAGAGUGUAAUUGAAAAAGAAAAUAUAAAGGAUGUUGCAGAAUCCGGAAAAGAGAAUAAGAAAGGAAAGAAGAAUAAAUCAUCAAAAACUGAAAUUUGUCAAAAUUGUUUAAAAUCUAUGGAUAAUGAAACUCUUGAUCCAAACAACGAAGAAGGAAAAAAUGACAAUAUCGAUAGAAACAAUUUAGAAGAGCGUAAAGAAAACAAUAUUCUCAAUUUUAAAAAUUUCAACAAGAAUGGUAAACGUGAAGUUAAUUUUUCUCAGUCGUAUCUAAUCAAACAUAUUUCGUAUCUUAAAAACGAAAACGAAGGCUUACGACAACAGUUAAAUUUAUCAUUCAAUGAGGUAACGAAACUGCAAACAAAACUCGAGCAAGUUUCUUUGGAUUUAAACAAAAUUUUAUCUGGUAUUGUCAAUUUUGGAGACACUACAAUAGAAGACACGGAUUCAGUGUGUGAAGAGAGCAAAAUUUAAAUCCAAAACAAUUUUUCUAUUUCAAUUUCUUUAAUGAAGAAUCUUCUAGUUUUUUACUUUUAAAAUUCGAUUGUUACUCCUUUUUUAAUUGUUUUAGACAUUUAUAAUAUUUGAAAAAUAGUUGAAAAAAAAUUUAAUUAUUUGUAUGUAAGUAAUUAUUAUAGAACAUUAUUUCGAUUUAAAAGAAUACUUAUGUAUAAAUUCUAAAUUCCAUUCAAUGUUUUAUUUUUUAUAUGUAUUUAAACA